AUGGAUAUUCUGGCUUCAGUACUCUUGGCACUGUCGGGAGUCCUGUUCCUUCUCUUCCUCCGCAGGCUGGCGGUCAACCCCAACAACCGCAAAAGCAAACCCCUCCGGAUCCCGGAAAUCCCGGGGAGCUUGCCCUUCAUCGGCCACCUCCACCUCCUCGGCGGCAAGGACAUGCUGGCUAGGAAGCUGGCCGCCUUCGCCGACAAGCACGGCAGCAUGUUCACCAUCCGGCUAGGCUCCUACCCUACGGUGGUGGUCAGCGACUUCGAGUCCAUGAAGGACUGCUUCGUGAAAAACGACCGAGCCCUCGCCGCCCGACCUCCUUCCACUCAGGGCAAGAUCCUCGGCAAAAACUUCGCGGUGUUCGGGUUCGCGUCGUACGGCGAGUACUGGCGCAACGUGAAGAAGCUCAUCAUCACCGAGGUCCUCUCCCUCCCCAGGAUCAAGGCCCUCAGGCACGUCCAGGUCUCCGAGGUCGACGUCCUCCUCAGAGACCUGCACCUGCAGUGCAGGAGCAGCAACAACAGCCAGCUGGCUGAUGACCAUCACGCUCAGGUGGUCAUCAGCGACUGGCUGCAGAACUUUGUGUUGAAUAUCAUUACUCGAAUGGUGGCGGGGAAGAAGUACUUCGAGAACCUCGCAGACAGCGUUGGCGUGGCUGAGGCAGGAGGGAGGCCCGUGGGUGAACUUAUUCGGGAGUUCAUGGACGUGAACGGAUCGCUCGUGCUAUCGGAUUUGAUACCGAUCCUCGGGUGGAUCGACAUCAAGGGGAUGAAGAAGGCCAUGAGGAGGAUUUCAAAAGAACUGGACGUGAUCGUGGACGGUUGGAUCGAAGAGCACAAGGUGAAGAGGAACAAGUUGGGUGACAACUUGGUCCCCGAGGAUUUCAUUGACGUCAUGCUCUCAGUUGUGGAUGACAAGAAGAAGGGGGGGAAAAUUUGUUACGUAUCGUACACUAAUAUUUCAAUCUUGUGCUUUAUGUAUAUACAGGCGGUGAUCAUUGCGGCGGCGGACACGACAUCGGUGACGUUGACAUGGAUGCUGUCGAACCUCCUGAACAACCGGCGGACCAUGGCGGCGCUGAAGCAAGAGAUGGACGAGAAAGUGGGAAAAGACCGAAUCGUCCAGGACUCCGACCUCGAGAACCUCACCUACCUACACGCGGCGAUACGUGAAACGCUGCGGAUGCAUCCUGCGGGGCCCAUCUCGGUGCCGCGCGUGGCGUCGGAGGACAUCACCAUCCGUGGGUUUCACGUGCCGAAGGGCACGCGCUUCUUCGCCAACUUCUGGAAGCUUCACCGGAACCCGGAGAUGUUCCCGGAGCCGGACGAGUUCAGGCCGGAGAGGUUUUACGACGAGGAGGUCAAAGUGGACAUCUACGGCCGGGACUUCGAGUACCUGCCGUUCGGCACCGGGCGGCGGUCGUGCCCCGGGAUGAACUUCGGGAUGCAGGUGGUGCAGCUGACGGCGGCGAGAUUGAUUCAGGCGUUUGACUUCGGGACGCCGUUUGACUUGCCGGUGGAUAUGACGGAGGCGGAUAGUACCACGCUCGCCAAGGAGAAGCCGCUGGAAGUCGUGCUGACUCCGCGCCUCUCUCCGGAGCUUUACCAGCUGCCUGUGAUUGUUUAA